AUGAGAAUUCAUAAAUAAUGUUUUUAACCUUAUCAUUUUAUUGAUUUCAAACUUUAACUUAAUAUUGCUUUUACUAAUAUGAUUUCAUCAAUGAACCUAUGUUUCCCUAGAAGCAAAGCUCGAGAUUUGGUUCAUUAAUAAAAGGAGUUGAAUCAGGUGUAUUUUAAAAUUUAAAUAAAAAAUCAAAUUUCAUUGAUAAGAAUGGCAGCUAAUAAAUUUUGGAAAAAGAAGGAAUUAUCAAGCUUGGAAUAAUAAGUAGGAUCAGCUUUGACAUAAAUUGAAACAACAAUCACUGAAGUUAAAAAUCUCAAAGUGUCAUCUGUUGUUGACUACACUGCUAAAAUUAAUGCAAAGAAGUAGGUCUAUUUGGUAUUGAUCCCAUAUCCAUGUUUGAGCAUUUAUAAUAGGAUUAGCUCAAAAUUAUUACCUGAAUUGGAAAAGAGAGUCAAAGCUACAAUCUUGGUUGCUGCCAAAAGAACAAUUGAAAGCAAAUGGGUAAAGAGUCACAGAUCUUAAACCAGACCAAACUCAAGAACACUCACAUCUGUCUAUGAUGGCUUACUUGAAGAUUUGAUUAGUCCAUCAGUCAUUCUUGGAAGAAGAACAAGAGUCAGAGUCGAUGGCACUAAGUUUUAUAGAAUAUUCCUUGAUGAAAGCGAUUAAAAGGAAUUAGAACACAGACUUGAUGCAAUUAAAGAUGUCUACAAAGUACUCACAACCAGAGAUUUGGAAUUUGAAUUCAGAAGAGAUGAUACAUUCUAUCAAAAGAGAGGAGCAAAGAAAGUAGCCAAAAAAUGAUUAUGAUUAUCAUUAGUAUAGUAAAUACAUAUUGUAUAUCCAAGACCUA